CACAUCACCUACAUGUUCCAAAACCAAUCAAUAUAUAUAUCAACACUUGCCAUUACUUGUCUUAAAAGCUCAUUAAGAUUUUCAUUCGUUUUUCAAAAAUUACAUUGAUUUUUUCUUUAGAAUUACCAUUUUCAUACAAGUUGUAACAUCAAAUUUCUUUAGCAUCAACAUCAAAGCAAUAUAAUGGCUGCUAUUUCUUACAGUUUGAUGAAUAACUUUACUAAUAACCGGUUAACCCUUAACACUGCCCACCGGAAUCAUAAUGAACCUCAAGCAUCUGCUUCUCUAAACAUCAUCAAUCAAAACUCAUUAUCUCAUCAACGAUUCUCUAGUUUCUUGGAAAAUCAAGGAUUACCCUUAAGUAUGUUCAGUCAAAGAUCAUCCUUGGCGCAUCAAAAACUAUACAAAAAGAUGGAUGCAACUGUUUAUGCCAGUGUUCAACCAGGACUUCCCGUUCCUACUCCAUCACCCUCAGGCAGUAAUUGGAAAGGCUGGAUAUUGGGAGCUUUCCUAUCCAUAAUCUUGCCAUUGUUGAGGCACAAAUCUCCAUUUCUUACACUGAAAAGUAAAGUAGACAUGGUCGUAGGAACUAUCGAUACCGUAGCUGAGGUUAUCGAAAUGGUGGCGGAAGGAGUGGAGAAGGUAGCAGAUCAAGUAGCUGAUCAGCUUCCAGAAGGCCACCUCAAGGGUGCUAUAGAAUGCGUGCAAAGUAUAGCUCAUGAAGCCGCCAAAGAUGCUCAUUUAGCUGACCAAUUCCUUGACAAGAUUGUGGAGGUUGAGGAAGGUUUGCUGAAGAAAAUCGAAUCUAAAGAAACUGUUGAAGCACAAAAACAAGAAGAUGAGGCAGCUCAAUAAUGUCAUGCCUCUCGUUCACCUGGAACAUUAUUUUUCUUAAUCUUCAUUUCUUAUUCAAUUUAUUCUUUUGUAAAGUCCGAAUAAUCUCUAAGUUCAUCAGAUG